AUGGCUCGUACGAAAAAGAAGCCGUGGCUUGAGAAAGGCCGCGCCAACCGCCUCGCGGGCACGCCGGGCGCAAACAAACCGGCGAAAGCGCAGAAAGCGAGCGCCAAUGCCAAAAAAGCCGGGUCACAACCGCAGCCACCGAGGAAGAAGCAAAGGCCAUCGACCGAUAUCGCCGCUCCCGCCAUCUCCGCGACAGCUCCUCAACCUACCAACACCACCGACGGCGCGCAACAAGAGGAAGCGAAGAACGACCAGCAGCAGCAGCACCAAGACGCAUAUAUCCCCUUCGACCCCAACGAGCGCAUUCUCAUCAUCGGAGAUGGCGACUUCAGCUUCGCGCGCAGCAUCGUCGAGCACCACGGCGCCGCCGACGUGCUGGCAACCGCGUACGAUACGCGCGACGAGCUGCUGCGCAAGUACCCGCAGGCCGAGGCGAAUAUGGCGUACAUCGAAGGAGAAGGUGGAUGCAGAGUGUUGUGUGGCGUGGACGCGACAAAGCUGGGGUCGUAUAAGGAAGUGAAGAAGGGUGGGCAGGGAGAGGGGCUGGUGGAGGAAAACGAGGGCGCUAGGGAAGCGAGGGGAAGAGGCGGCGGCGGCGGUGGUUGGGACAGGAUCAUCUUCAACUUCCCGCACGUCGGCGGGAAGAGCACGGAUGUCAAUCGGCAGGUCCGGUACAACCAAGAACUCCUCGUGUCCUUCUUCACCGCCGCGGCGCCCCUCCUCUCCGCGCUGCCCGCCCCGCAAUCUCCCGUCUCUGCCAACCCCACCAUCAUCGUCACGCUCUUCGAAAGCGAACCCUACACCCUUUGGAACGUCAAGGACCUCGCCCGCCACGUCGGCCUCAAGGUCCAGCGCUCCUUCAAGUUCCAAGCCAGCGCAUACCCCGGUUACAAGCACGCCCGGACGCUGGGUAAUAUCGAGGGUGAGAUGGGCGGGAAGUGGAAGGGCGAGGAGAGGAGUGCGCGGUCCUACAUUUUUGAGGCCGGCGAUGGUGCGGGUGGGGGCAAAAUUAGAGGCGGCGGCGGCGAUGCUGGUGCUGGGGCAGGAAAAAAGAGGAAGAAGGGUGGAGAUGAAAGUGAUUCGGAUGAGGAUUGA